UAAACUAAACGGAUUUGUUUAGAAAUCACUUUGCAUGUGUCACUCCAGCAGAGAAUGUCCCGUGCAACAGCCAUUCACUUGGAGCCUGGUUCAUCAUGGCAGCGACUUGCAACUAUCGUCAUUGUCGUCUCUGUGUUUGCAGCAGCAAGAGGUCAAGUGGAGAACGACGUCCGACUGGUGAACGGACCGAAUGCCUACGAAGGACGAGUGGAAAUCUUCAAGGAUGGAGUCUGGCUUAGUGUUUGUCUUUCGUACACAUCUAACGUUGCUGAUGUCAUCUGCAGACAGCUCAAAUAUCUUGAAGGCGGUGCCUCUGUCUACUAUGCGAACUCGUACGGCUCAGCGCCAGGAGAAAUAUUCAGAGACCGCAUAUCGUGCACUGGAAGGGAAGCCAGACUAUCACAAUGCGCUUUCUCAAGUCAAACUGCAAAUUGCAACCCAAUCUACACUCUUGGAGUCAGCUGUGAUACAGGGUUAUACCACGAGACCAAAACAAUACGUCUUGCUAACGGUACAACACCGCAUGAAGGUCGGAUAGAGGUCUUCACCAAGGGUGUAUGGGGCUUAGUCACAGACUCCAGUUAUUCUAACAGACCAGUCUAUAACGCCAUUGCCGCCGGUCUUGCCUGCAGGCUUCUGUUCGGUCCUGACUACGGUGGAUCUGUGGUCCCUAAGCACGAAGCGUCUGUACGAUUUGGAGUAGCGAGAGGACGGGCAAUACUAAUGAGCAACAUCGUGUGCAAGGGGAACGAGAAAAGUCUGUUCGACUGUCAGUGGUCUACUGAUACAAGCACUAGUCACGAGGACAGCCUUUCUGUCGUCUGUAAAACAGUUCCAAGAGGCUGCAACGGGUACGUCGAGGCUGCCACUGGAAAUCUGACGUCACCAGGCUACCCCCAAAGUACAGUGUACUCUACUGAUACAGACUGCGUGUGGAAAAUCGUCAAUAAGGCAGCAAAAAUUCGCCUGUCUUUUACAAAAGUUGACUUCAAUGGUAGCACCUUGACCUCAACAAACAGACUACAGGUAUUUGACAGUGAUGCAUAUUCGAGCCUCGCUUCAGUAACAUCAUCCACAACUGUGACAGCAUCCAGUAGUGAAAUAAAUGUGUGGCUGAAAGCUCCAGCUGGUUCAAAAGGAAUCCAGUUCCAUGCUUAUUGGGACGCUGCACCAUGUAUAGAAAGUAUAAGCUCAUCGGGUUACAUCCGGUCACCGGGCUACCCACAGCAAUACCCAACAAACUUGAACUGCACAUAUCACCUACUGAAGAGGAAAGGUUUACUCGCCAGUUUAAGCUUCAGUAACUUUGCUCUGAGCAACAUGGUGCAAGGAGUUUGUGGAGAUUAUUUACAGGUAUUCGAUGGGGACACAGAGUUCUCGCCAUCUAUCCGUGGCCCAAUGUGUAACACGACAAGUCCUGCAACCAUUACAACCACCAACGUGAAUUCUACAAAGGUCAUCGUGAAGUUCACAUCAGACGCUGUUAAUACGUCAGUUGAAAAUGGAUUUGAAGCUUAUUUUAGUUCAGUGGAGCCAGAUCCGAUCAGACCUGGUAAUUACACUGAAGACAGCGGUACCUUCGCAACUCCCGGCUACCCCAGCGUCUACAACGGCGAAGAAGACGUCAUCUGGACCAUCACCACAAAGCCCUACAAGACUAUUACUAUUAACUUUCAUCAAGUUCAGCUAAAAGGAUGUUGCGAUGAUUAUAUUACGAUUUACGACCAAGUGAGGUCAACCAGUUAUUACGGCGGAAAUAUUCCCUCUUUUGCCACUGACACAAACUCUGUGGAAGUAACAAUGAAAUCCUCACUGGACAACGAAAUGAAUGUAAUCAAUGCAUCUUGGAUAACGGAGUGCCGACAGGUAUUUACUGCCUCCUCUGGAUCCAUUAUGUCUCCUAACGACCCAACCUUUGACUCUGCGUCAGCUGACUGUACUUAUAUCAUUAGACAACAGCCAGGCUACUACAUUAAAUUACAGUUUUCUACAAUCAACUUCGAAAGGGACAUGAGAUGCAGUAAUUACAUAGAGAUACAUGAUGGCAGCACAGAUUUGUUCCCCCUGCUUGGCGAACGUUACUGCGGUCAAACACUUCCACCAACUUUGAAUUCCACCCAGAACAUUGUCUUGCUAAAGUUCGGGACACAGACUGGCAAAAACUCUUUUAGCUUGCGUUACUCUUCACACCCAAAAGAAUGCAGCAGCGGUCUGAUGAAAGACAUCGAUGGGAGUUUCACGUCACCAGGCUUCCCUAUUGGGUAUCCCAGCAAUACCUACUGUGUGUGGACAAUAAAUCUGGACCAGACGAAACAACAGGUCGAACUGACCUUCAAUGACUUCUCGGUUGGUACUCAAGGAACGCAGUGUCAAUAUGCCUUUGUGAGAGUCUACGAUGCCGCUACAGUGGAUGCAAGUAAAGUCAUGGCAACGCUCUGUGGAACGACUUUGCCGCCCAAACUGAGGUCAAAAGGUCACAACAUGACGGUGGUACUCAACGUCUUUGGGUCGCUGACUAAUGCCAACGGAUUUCUUGCUACGUACGCUGGCAGGAGCCCGACUGCUGGAUUUUCGAGAGAACCCUACCUAUACGGAAUUGAACACGGAGAUCACACACUUGAAACAGAUCCCUAUAAAACUGCAGAAGUUGCAAUAGAAGAUGGUUUUCCAUUCGGAGACAGCCUAAGAGACGCUGUUUAUGUUGGGACAAAUGGAGUCAUUUCCUUUCAAAAAGGGACUGCAUGGCCGAGACUUGACUCCAGCAGCCUGACUCUAUGUGUAUACUGCGCCGACAUCAGUAAUAGCGGAGGUGUGUUUUACCAUCUGUACAAUAACAAAAGCGAUGUGCUGGUGAAUGCUACUUCUGCGAUUCAGGACUUUACCGCAAUGGCUUCAUUCAGCGCUCGUACUGUUCUUGUGGUCACGUGGGACCGCGUACAGCAAAACUUCCCUUCUGUCAGUGACAGGUCUUCUGGUAUGGGUGACGCCACGUUUCAAGUGGCAUUAGUUACUGACGGCGUGACGUCUUUCGCCAUUGUCCAGUACCAGCUGGGUCAGAUGACCUGGCGUUAUCCAGGCCGUUGGUACAAAAUCGAGAUGGGAGUCGCUAAAGGAUCACCUACUUUAUUCCAACCAAACGUGUACUCAGGAACUGAAUAUGCCUACAAUAUUGACAAUUAUUUUGGAAAUACAGGAUAUAAGGGUUGGUGGAUCUACGAGCUGGGACAAAUUCCCAGCGACUACCGCCAGGUGUGCAGAGACUGGCACAGCAGAAACAAGGUGUACGAGAAGAGAAAGGAGCGAGAGACAGGGUUUGCUAACCUACCCAAGUGCCCCUGCUCCAGACGAGGCUUUUUCCGUCACAUCGUCAACCAGUGGAGGUUCCAUCGUAGUGAUGAGGAGAACCACUUUGAGUGCUACAUUCUUAAUGUGGCUCGUACAAGGCUUUUUGCUCCCCUUGGCAAGGAGUGCUGCUACUCCACCGACCCGCUGAAGCCGGAGCAGAUGGACAUGCUGAUCACAUCUCGUCCUUUCGCCGGAGCGUCGCUGGCGUACAACCCUCUCAUCUUUAAUCACACGCACCUCUACGAGACUGAGGACAGACUGGCCCACGUCGCCUGCUGCCUCAACUCCCCGGACAGGUUCUGUCGUCGUUUUUAUCAGCUUCGACCUGUCGGCGACUGUGACCCUAACCCCGCGCUGGGGUGGAGUCCCUUGUAUGGCGAUCCUCAUGUAACAACACUAGACGGGAGACAGUACAUCUUCAACGGUCUUGGUGAGUUCACCAUGGCGACAGUAAGAACAGCAUAUGUCACUUUCACCCUUCAGGCCCGGACACAGAGGGCGGAGCUUCGGCCGGGAACGCCCACCAACGGGACUGUCUUUACAGCGGUCGGGGCGGAGGAGAACGGAAUGAGGGUCUUCCUGCAGAUCGACCCCAACACAAAUACCACACUUAUUCUCUUCGCCAAUAACAUCGACUACACUCGUCAGCUUCAGCAAGAGGGAGACAACUUUGUCCUCGAUCACGAAGGUGUGAUGAUCGUGCAGGAUAAUAACACCUGUAUAGUUACCUUUCCGUCAGGCAUAGGCCUACAGAUUUCAGUGAGCAUGAAGGCUCUGGCUAUAGGUGUUUCAUUUCCUACGAUUUUCCGAAACUCGACGAAGGGGCUGCUGGGAAAUUUCAAUGGCGACAACACCGACGACUUUGUUCUUCCUGGUGGUCAAGUGCUGGGAAACAAUUUGACAGAAAAGGAAAUUUUGAAAAUGUUUUGUCUACAAUGGGCUGUUGACAACAGUAGCACUGUCAUGAGAUAUGAAGCAAGAAUGGGUCCCAAAGACUACUACCAUCCUGAGUUUCAACCUGUUUUUCUGGACGAGUUGGACCCACUUGUUAGGCGCGAAGCCGAGGGUCUGUGUGGAGCCCAGAAUCUUCCCUGCAUCUAUGACUUCCUCGCCACAGGAAACAAAGACUUCGCCUUGUCCACUGCAGACCAGCAGAAGCUGUCAGAUGAUCUCAUGAAGCAAAGCAAGAAUUCUUUGCCAUCGGUAAAAGUUCCAGCAGCAGCUUACGUCACUGUGGGUGUCCAGAAAACUGUUUUCAUUAACGGGUCUGACCCUGAUGAUAAUGACCGACUGACCUAUCGAAUUGUUGAUGAUGCAAAGGGUGCUGUCAACAUCAACUCAUCGUCUGGUGCAAUCACCAUCUUUUUGAAAACCUUGGACCCUAUCAAAAUACAAGUUUACGUCGUAGACGAGGUAGGCGGACAGUCAACAGUUGAGUCGUUGCCGCUCGUCGUCUGCUCCGGUUGUGAAGGUCACGGCCUUUGUAAUGAGUCGGACACCCGAGACGUGUCGGGGGAUUCCUACUUCCAGUACGCUGUCUGCCAGUGCCAACCGGCCUGGAGCGGCAACAACUGUGAACUGGACAAGGACGGGUGCAGCGACAACCCUUGCCACCCUUUACAGACAUGCGCAGACGUGCCGGCCAGUCAGCAGGGCAGCAGCGACGUCGGGUACAGGUGUAGUGACUGUCCCCCGGGUUUCUCCAGCAGAAACGGUUCCCAGGACUGCAUUGACAUCGACGAGUGCGGCAACAAAGCCUUAGACAAAUGUGACAUGAUAUGCAUCAACACCUACGGCGGUUACGAGUGUUCUUGUCAGGAGGGCUUCCGACUCAGUACUGACGGCCGCACCUGUGCUGAUGUCAAUGAAUGUCUAGAGAGCACGCACGACUGCAGGCAGGUGUGCAACAACACGGAGGGAGGCUACCUAUGCGAGUGCGAGCCUGGGUACUCCUAUGACGAAAUCAAGAAAGACUGCAUCAUGGACUCUUCCCGGUCCGGCGUGUGUCAGGCCAGCGGCUGUUCGCAAGGUUGCGGUGUUGCCACAGACCCAAGCAGCAGCAGCAACAGCAUCCCACAGUGUUUCUGUUAUCAGGGUUACGACCUGGACCCCAGAGACAACGUGACGUGCGUGGAUCGCGAUGAAUGUCGGGACAAAGUGUGUGACCAGGUGUGUAACAACACGGCGGGCGGCUUCUCCUGCUCCUGCUACGACGGCUUCGCCCUGAACAAGGAUGAGCGCACGUGCUCGGCCUGCCCGUAUCUCAAGUACGGCCCCGAGUGUCGCGAGACGUGCACGUGCAGUGGCAGGAGCGUAGCGUGUCAUCCUGUACGGGGCUGCGUCUGUCAGGACGGCUGGACUGGCAAAAGCUGCGAGGAAGACGUGGACGAGUGUGUAGAGAACCCGGGUGUGUGUGGCACUUACAAGAGAUGUGUCAACAACAAGGGGUCCUACUCCUGUGUCUGUCGGCCAGGCUAUGCCACAACUGACGAUGGAGUGUGUCAAGAUAUUAACGAAUGCAGCACCAGUAAUCCGUGUAGUGAGCAAGAAGACUGCACCAACAUUCCUGGCGGCUUUUACUGCACCUGCAAAGUGGGUUACAUCAAGAUAGGAUCAAAUUGUACAGAUAUCGAUGAAUGUAAACUAAACAUAUCAGACUGCCAGCAAGAAUGUGUCAACGUCCCUGGUUACUUCAACUGCGACUGUAAAUAUGGCUACAGACUCAAUGCUGACCGGAGACAUUGUUCUAAAGUACAAGAGGUCUGUACCAAUGGAACUGUGUGUAGACAAGCCCACGGUUGUACACUUGACAAACAGAACAACCCAGAGUGCUUCUGCCAUAGUGGAUAUCAUCUCGUUGCCGCUAACAACACCUGCAUAGAUAUCGACGAAUGUCAAGCCAGUGUAGCCAAAUGCUCACAUGACUGUCACAAUGAGGAUGGAAGCUUCCACUGCAGCUGUCCUCUGGGUAUGAAGCUGGACAAUGACGGGCUGACUUGUUCUGUCUGCCCCAAUGGUACAUACGGACCGGACUGUACUCAAGUCUGCGCAUGUGGUGAAGGUGCAGAGCAGUGUAACGUCACAUCCGGUUGUGUGUGUCGCGAUGGUUGGCAAGGGGACAAGUGUGACCAAGAUGUGGACGAGUGUCAGAGAGCAGACAUCUGUAAAGGGGAAAAUGUGGAAUGUGUCAACGUUAUCGGAAACUACACAUGCAGAUGUCUUCAAGGGUUUGCUGUGAUCAACAGCGUUUGUCAAGACAUAAACGAAUGUGAAGCCUCGGUAUGUGACCAGCACUGUGCCAACACUAUUGGUAGCUUUCAUUGCUACUGUGACGAUGGGUUUACCUGGAACGAAACCACCCAGAAGUGUACAGAUGUUGACGAAUGCGCCUCACACGAGACAAACAAGUGUAAACAACGUUGCGACAACACGGCGGGGUCUUACAGAUGCUCGUGCAGUGCUGCAGGCUACAUCCUGAACAACGACGGCUUCACGUGCAAAGCCUUGACAGAGUGUCAGCGCACUGACUGUGACACGCAAAAUGGCGGAUGUGCCGUCACACAAGGAGAAGAAACUUGCUUCUGCAACAGAAACUAUCAUCUUCUACCCGACGGUGUAUCAUGUGCCUUGAUCUCAGCCGACACAACCACUGUAGCUGACACAACCACUGUCCUGAGACAGCAAACUACGGAAUCAGUAAAUCUGUCAAGUGGAUCAAGUUCACGGACUGUUUUGUCGUGGAAGCAAGUCAGUUUGAUAACCUGUCUGGUCUUUGUGCUGAUGGUUUUGUAUUAAAAGAUGUGACAGGGCAUUGAGAGACUUAUGUUACCUCGACUGUUAUGUCUGGUUUUAAUUCUACUUGAACAUGAACUAAAAAGGUAAUGAAUAUAUUCAAAUCUUUAACAAAGGAAACACAAAAAGUAACUUUACCAUUUUUUUUACUUUUUUUUUUUUGCACUCACGUACAUAUACUUACGGCCCACACAAAUCGAUGCUUUUUCAUUUUGUAUUAAAUGCAAUUAUAAAUUAUUAAUAAACUAAUAUUAAAUAAAGUAUUUAUAAAGUGUUGAUCAAAGCAAAACGUCUUAAUUUUUUUAUCAAAAUGGCUGUAUCCUUGUAAAAUGGUGAUUGGAGAAAUUAUGGUGAAAUUAUACAAAAGAAGUCUAAUAGUGUGUCUUCUAGACUUCAAGUAAACUAAAUUUGUUUACUCAGUUUUCUGUGUCAGUGGUAAAAAAAUUUCACAUAAUACACAGAUGUUUAAUAUUAUAAUGAACUUGUAGACUUACGUGUGUUAAAAAUAAAUAAUGUAAAUCACACAAUACAAUCAAUGUACAAAUUCAAACAAUAUCGACAUAUUCAGCACUUCAUAGUUUGCUGUAAUAAAAUUGUUAUUCUUAGACUUUUCUUAACAUUUGUAUAUAAUCAAAAAUUGUCAUAACAAAUAAGUGUUUGUAGAUAUAGAAAAUGAAAUGAUGUCAUACAAAAUUAUUCAAUGAAAUUUACAAUAAAAA